GGGAGUGUGGAGGGGGUGCGGAGAGGAGGCUGUGAGCACAGACAACGUUUCCCAAGAAAACAAAAGCAAAAACUGGCCUUGGCGGAAAAGUAGUGAGACAGCCCCAGUAGGGAGUAGCGUUUAUUGCCUUGGGCCGUUUAAUUUUUAUUUCAUAUUGGGGUGCGGCUGGUUUUGUUUCAGGUCUUCAGGGAAGUGAGUCGUCACACUUGCACUUGCAUCUACUCUUUCCCGCUGAGGUUGUUGCAGAGCACUGAGUCGAGUCCCCUGUGCUGUUCAUCCUCAGGUCCCAACUCCUGUUCCCUGGGGAGCUCAGCAGGACCCUGGAACGGGGGGAGGAGAAGUAGCCUGUCUUUCAAGUUCCACGUUCUGAAGAGAUGCAGAGUCUCAGACCUGAGCAGAUCCGGGGGCUGCUGGAGCCCGAGAGGGCAAAGACGCUGCUGCCUCCGGAGAACAAGGCCUGGGAGAAGCGUGCCGCCUUCGCCAAGGACUGGGUGGCUGUGGAGGUUGGGGCCUCCGGCUGCGGCAGCGAUGAGAGAGAUCUACCUUCUCCCAAGACUGUGGUUCCCCAGGAGUGGAGCUCGGUGGAGGAAGACGAUGAGUCCGAGGACCCCCAGGGCUUUGUGGAGUGGUCGAAAGCUCCACAGCAAAUGACCAUGGUCUUGGUGGUGUGUGUGCUCUUUCUGUUCCUGGUUUUAACUGGGAUGCCCAUGAUGUUUCACAUUUAACUAUAAAGGCGGCUCUUGUUUGUGUCAUGUUCAGGAAGAGCCCUGGUUUAAAAAAUCAGGAAUAGGUCUUGAAUAUUAUCAAAUGCCUUUUACACAUCCAUUGAGAUGACUUUUCUUUUGUGUUUCACCUUUUCAUGUGCCAUUUCUGCAUUACUGUAUUUCACUGAACUUGACAUCUUCGAUUGUAAAUGCAUAUUAUUUUGUGUACUCCUGAGAAACAGAAUGCUACUUAAAUGAUGUCACCAAGUGGAAGAUGCAGUGUGACUUCAGAGAAGGUGAACACAUGUGCAACAUACGAGCAAUGAAAUUGAGUCAAUUUCUCAAUUACAAAUCACCUUUGCAUUCUUAGGAUGGAGGCACACCUGGCUUUUCAGACACCGAAUUCUGUUCCUGGAUAUUUUAUGUAGGAUUCCUGCCUCUAUCUUCUUACAUAAGAUUGGUGCUAUCUUUGUUUCAUUUCGGUAUUGUGGCUAAGCUUGCAUCAUAGAAGGACUUGAGUAACGUUUGACCUUUUGCUGUGCUUUCGAAUACUUUCUGUAGUUUAGGCUGUGCUCAGUCGUGUCUGACUCUUUGUGACCCCCAUGGACUGUAGCCCACCAGGCUCCUCUGUCCAUGGGAUUUCCCAGGCAAGAUUACUGGAGUGGGUUGCCAUUUCCUUCUCCAGGGGAUCUUCCCAACUCAGGGAUAGAAUCUGGGUCUCCUGUGUUGGCAGGCAGAUUCUUUACCAUUGAGCCACCAGGGAAGCCCUUUCUCAUAGUGUAAAAAGUAUCAAUUCUUUGACGUGUGGAAAGAACUCAGGAAAGGGAUCAGGUCCUAGAGCUAUGGAAAGGAGGUUUCCGUGUGUUCUUAGAUGGCUUUUCCAUUUCUUCUCUUGUUUUCAGCUUGUUAAUACUUUUUAACUCCAUUAAUUUUGAUGAUUUAUAGUAUUCUUUUGUCCCUUAGACUAUUCUUCAUUCCACUGAAUAUUUUCCUCCAGAUAAUGAGCUUAAUUAUGAACAGUAUUUUUUGGCUUGGCCAAAAAGUUCAUUUGGGUUCUUCUGUAAGAUGGU